AUGGCGUCGUCGCCGCCGCAGCCGCCGCCGCCGCCGCCGUUCGCCGCGCAAAACCCUACCGCGCAGGGCCCGGUCCAGGGGCCGGCAGGCUCGGAGGCGGGGGCUCUCCCCGGGGCGUUCGCCAACCUCCAGAUCUCCCGCGGCGCGGCCCCGCCGCCCGGCGCCCCACGGGGGCUCAAGCCGCAGCAGGCACCGCCCGCCUUCGCCGCGCGUCCGGGCCCUCCACCGGCCGCUGCCCGUCCCGCCUUCCCUGGCAGCCCGCCCGCACCGCCGUUCGUGCGGGCGCCGACGGCGGCGACUUCCGCCUCGCCGCCCUUUGGCGGACAACCGGGCGUAGUGUCCCAGCCGCCGCCACCGUUCGGGGGGCCUCCAGGCGCGGCGUCUCAGCCGCGGCCGUCGUUUGGUGUUCCUCCCGGGGUGGUGUCCCAGGCGCCGCCUCCGUUCGGGGGCCCUCCUGCUGCGGCGUCGCAGGCCCCUCCCCCGUUUGGAGGCCCUCCUGCCACGGCAUCGCAGGCGCCUUCGCCCUUUGUUGGUCACACUGUUGCUGCGUCUCAGGCGGCACCGUUCGGUGGCCCCCCUGUUGCGGGGUCACAUCCUCCGCCGUUCGGUGGGCCUCCUGUAGCGGGGUCGCAGCCAGCAGUGCCACUGCGGCCGACAUUCCCUGGCCAGUCUGGGCCAAUGGCGGCAGCUGCAGCUUGGACGCAGCCAACUCCACCUAGCUUUGGAGCCCCGCAGCAGCCUCCACCGCCAUUGGGUUCGCGUCCAGUUGGGCAGCCGCCCUUUGCUACACAAUCAGCGCCUGUGGCACAGCAGCUGCCAUUCAUGGGGCCACCCAGGGCAAAUGCCCCAGCGUUUGGUCCUCCAUCUUGGCAAGCUCAGGGAGCUGGGUCUGGUGCUAUGCAGCCACCUAUGAGAAUGCCAGGAAUUCCUGGUAGCAUGCAGCCAAACACACUAGGACCCCCUGGCACCCCGACUAUACCUUAUUCUCCACAUGCUGGAACCCAGGUCUCAACCCCGUCCAAAAUUGAUCCUAAUCAAAUUCCACGGCCAAUGCCUGAAUCAUCAGUCAUCAUUUAUGAGACCCGACAAGGUGGCCAAGCAACCAUUCCCCCGGCUGCAUCUAGUGAAUUUAUUGUGAAAGACACUGGGAACUGUAGUCCUCGUUUAAUGCGCUGCACUGUGAAUCAGAUACCUUGUACUGGUGAUCUCUUGACGACUUCGGGUAUGCCUUUAGCUCUGAUGGUUCAACCUUUUUCUCUUCCUCACCCAUCUGAGGAACCUAUUCAGCUUGUGGACUUUGGAGAGAUGGGACCCAUUCGGUGUUCUCGUUGCAAAGCGUACAUAAACCCUUUCAUGAAAUUUGUCGAUCAAGGGAGGCAUUUCAUCUGUAACUUAUGUGGAUUCAGAAAUGAUACUCCUAGAGACUACAUGUGCAACUUAGGGCCUGAUGGUAGGCGACGUGAUGCUGAUGACAGGCCUGAAUUGUCUAGAGGAACAGUUGAAUUUGUUGCUACAAAGGAAUUUCUGGUUCGUGAUCCAAUGCCUGCUGUAUACUUCUUCCUAAUUGAUGUCUCCAUGAAUGCUAUACAAACUGGUGCAACUGCUGCAGCUUGCAGUGCUAUUGCCCAGGCUAUUUCAGAUCUGCCGGAAGGUCCUCGGACAAUGGUUGGAAUUGCAACAUUUGAUUCUGCUAUUCACUUCUACAGUCUUAAACGUGCUCAGCAGCAGCCUUUGAUGCUCAUCGUUCCUGAUGUUCAAGAUGUAUAUACACCUCUUCAGACAGAUCUUAUUCUUCCAGUUUCUGAGUGCCGCGAGAAUCUGGAGCAGUUGCUAGAAAGUAUCCCAAACAUGUUUGAGAAUAAUAGGGUUGCUGAUUCUGCUUUUGGAGCAGCAAUGAAGGCUGGCUUCCUGGCGAUGAAAUCUACUGGUGGAAAACUUCUGGUUUUCCAAUCAGUGCUGCCAUCACUUGGGAUUGGUUCUUUAUCUGCAAGGGAAGCCGAAGGCAGAGCAAACAUUACAACUGGUGACAAGGAAGCCCAUAAAUUUUUGCAGCCUGUUGACAAUACUCUCAAGACAAUGGCACUAGAAUUUGCUGAGUAUCAGGUCUGUGUAGAUGUAUUCCUCACCACACAAUCCUACGUUGAUAUUGCUUCUAUAUCCAUUGUGCCUCAGACUACAGGUGGCCGGGUCUACUACUACUAUCCAUUUUCUGCUCUUUCAGAUCCAGCUAAGCUCUUCAAUGAUCUCAGAUGGAAUAUCAGUAGACCCCAGGGUUUUGAGGCUGUUAUGCGUGUGAGAUGCAGUCAGGGUCUCCAAGUUCAGGAUUAUUUUGGCAAUUUCUGCAAGCGUGUUCCCACUGACAUUGAUCUUCCAGCGAUUGAUUCUGACAAAACUGUGAUGGUCACGUUUAAGCAUGAUGACAAGUUACCAGAAAAUGUGGAAUGUGGCUUCCAGUGUGCACUUCUCUAUACUACUGUAUAUGGACAAAGGAGGAUCCGAGUCAUAAACCUCUCACUUUCAUGCACAAGUUUGCUUGCCAAUCUUUUCCGGUGUGCUGAUUUGGAGACACAGUUUGCAUGCUUCCUGAAGCAAGCUGCUAAUGGCAUCCCGACAUCUCCAUUACCUCGUAUUCGGGAUGAAGCAACAAAUACAUGCAUAAAUAUUCUUCAAUCUUACCGCAAACACUGUGCAUCUGUAACCUCAUCGGGGCAGUUGAUUCUCCCAGAGGCUCUAAAACUGCUGCCCUUAUAUACUUUGUCACUGGUCAAAAGUGUAGGCUUGAGAACUGAUGGGCGAUUGGAUGAUCGUUCCUAUUGGAUAUCUCUAGUCUCGUCAAUUUCUGUAGUACUAGCUGUUCCUUUGGUGUUCCCUAGAUUGAUUCCUAUCCAUGAUCUCAUAUCAAGGGAUGAUGAUGAUUCCCUUGUACCCAGUCCCCUUAUGCUCAAUAGUGAAAAUGUACAAGAGGAUGGGGUCUAUUUAUUGGAGAAUGGUGAGGAUGGUCUAAUUUAUGUAGGAAAUAUGGUAAAUCCAGCUACCCUGGAACAAAUAUUUGGUGUCUCUUCUUUGGCUGCAUUACCAGUCCAGUUGGCAUUGGAUCAAUUUGACAACGAACUCUCAAGGAAGGUUAACGAAGUUGUAAAUGAAAUAAGACGCCAGAGGUGCUCAUACUUGAGGUUAAGACUAUGCAGAAGGGGUGAACCAUCUGGUGAUUUUUUCCGGUCAUUUUUAAUAGAGGACAAGGCGCCUGGCGUCUUCUCCUACGUGGAGUUCCUUGUGCAUGUUCACAGGCAAAUCCAGAGCAAGAUGACCUGA